CGAGCAGAGCACGAGUAAAAGUUAGGAAGUUAGGAGAAGUGUGUUGUGAACAUAUAGAAAAGAGGAAAGCCGUGCAGAAGAGGUUUAAAGAUUGAUCACUUUCUGGUGUUACGAAAGAGAAUAAGAUUGAAAGGUGAAGGUCAAGAAAUUAAUGAUUCCAAAAUCUCCUAGGACGGAUCACAGUGAGAGGGAUCGUAUGCUAUAGUUUGGAAGCUUGUGAUACAGGAAAGCUAACUUCGUUCAGGAAGAAGACAAUAUCAGCCCGCCAAGGGGAAAUUACUGACGUCUCUCGAUCGAGCCACAAACAACGAACAACAAUCUAGCGACUUAGAAUUAGCGUCAUAACAAUAUUAUUUUUGUGCAACGUCGUCGAUCUCUGUUGUUAAGCGAACUGCCAUAAAAUGAUGUCCAGAAAGCUGCUGAAUGAAGCUUCCGAAGAGCGGGGAACCUCCGAACACUUUCAAAUUAGCAACUACGGCUAUGGCAAGGAUAGCGUCAAAGUGUUGCAUGUAGUACGAAAUGGGCUGGUGCACAGUAUUAAGGAGUUCGAGGUGGGAACGAAACUAAAGUUGGCCAGUCAAAAGGACUACCUACAAGGUGACAACUCGGACAUUGUGGCAACCGAUUCGCAGAAGAAUACGGUUUAUCUGCUGGCACGCAAGCAUGGUUUGAAAUCACCGGAAGAGUUUGGAAUCCUUUUGUGCAACCAUUUUCUCACUAAAUACUCGCACGUAAACGAGGUCUCCAUUCACAUCGACGAGUACCCGUGGUCCCGAAUGGGCUUCGGAAAGGGACCCUAUCAGGAUCUGCACAACCAUGCAUUCGUAUUCACUCCAACUGCCAUUCGCUAUUGUGACGUUACUCAGAAACGAGGCGAUUCCAAUCCAACCGUCAUCAGCGGCCUUACGGAUCUGCGCGUGCUCAAGACAACCCAGUCGGCUUUCGUUAACUUCGUCAACGACGAGUACCGUUCGCUGCCGGAUCAGCACGAUCGAAUUUUCAGCACCAUCGUACGAUCGUCCUGGCAGUACUCGACCGUGCAGAACGUAGAUUUCGACUUCUGUUGGAAUAAGGUUAAACAAAGCAUUCUAAACACGUUCGCCGGCGAUGCCGAGAAGGGCAUCUUUUCGCCGAGUGUCCAAAAUACGCUCUACCUGGCGGAGAAGCUAGUGCUCGAAAGCAUUCCGGAAAUUUCGUCGAUCGAUAUGACGAUGCCGAACAAGCACUAUUUCAACUUUGAUUUUAGCAAGUUUCCCAAACUGAUCAACAGUGACGAACUGAAGGAGGAAACCGUGUUUCUACCGGUGGACAAACCUGCCGGGAUAAUUUACGCCCAGCUUGAUCGCAAAUCGCCGAUGAAGAGCAAACUUUGAAUUUGUUGUUUUGAUUUUAUUGCUUUAGAUUAAGGUUAAGCAUAGCAUAUAAAAUAUAUUGAGUAUUUCGA